UGGUUCUAAGUCUCUUUCCAGUGUAGCGCUGAAGUUUAGAACGAUCUGGAAGGUCUGGAAAGCAGCAUGUAUAGGCGACGAUGGGAGAGAUGUCUGUUCCUGCUUCUGUUCCUGCGAGAGCCUGGCACUCAAGCAGGUCAACCAGAGGCUCAGAAAGCCCUCUCUGGCUACAAGGUGACUUUGUUCUUCCCAGAGUUGCCUGACUACAAGGAUUUCACUUUGCUUUUCGGAAAGAAGAGUAUAGCGACAUAUACUGCUGGAAAUUUUAAAGAUUUCGAAAAUGAAUUUAAGGGCAGAGUCCAUUUUGUUAAGAAUGGUGUGCUGACCAUCUAUAAUGUCCAGAAAAAUGACAGCGGCAUCUACACCCUUAAGAGGUGGAACUAUGAAGGAAAGGAAGAGGAAGCUAUGAUUCAACUGCAGGUAUUUGAUCCUGUACCCCAGCCGACUCUAACACAAGACCUAAAAAAGGGCAACAACAGUUGUAUUCUAACGCUGUCAUGCUACGUCUCUGACACAUUUGUGUGUUACACCUGGUUUCGGGAGGGAAAGCACCUUCCUGAGUUCCAGGAUAGUGUGAUUGAGGUCAUCAUCGACCACCAGAACUACUCCAGCUCUUACACCUGCAUGGUCAGCAAUCCUUUGGACAGCAAGAAUGUCACAGUCUUUUGGACAGCAAGUAUGUUAGAGCUCCUCUCAUGUACACAGGCUCCGUCCUUUGCUGGAAGAGCUUGCAUUGCCAAUUGGCUGGUGGUUGUGCUGCCCAUCGUCCUGGGCCUCCUUCUGACUUGAGAUAAGCGUUUCCUACUUCCGUGUGGCUCUACACCCCAGCAUCUUGCCUUUGCGUGUACAUAGGGUCUAUUUAUUAAAUUUUAGACAGAGUU